AUGAUCUUCAAUUUCUUUAUUUUUUUUCUUAUUUUUUAUUUAUACUUAUUCUUUUUUUGUUCAGCAUUUUUCACUUAUUUUUCAUUUCUCUUUUUUUCUUUCACUUGCAUUUCAUUUUCUUGUCACUUUUUUUUUCAUUUAAGCAAUGUUUCUUUUUUCUCUUCUUUACUCACUGUUUCUUAUUCUUUAUCUUUUUUUUUAUUUUUUCAACAUAAUUUUUCAUAUUUGUCUCUAUUGUCAUCAUGGAAUAUUAUUUCAGUAUUUAUUUGUUUCUUUUUCCUUCACUUUAUUCUUUGUUUAAUUUUUCUUUCUUUGUUUUUUUUUUUUCAUCUUUAUCUCUUUCUUCAGUUAGUUCUCUCUUUCUAUCUCAGACAUUUUUUGUUUGAUUUUUCAUUCCUAUAUCUUUCUUACCUCCCACGAUUUCUUUUUUAUGAUGAUGCCUUGACAUGGAACAACUAA